AUGAAUAUUUUUGUCAAGUCGGCAAUCUAUCUGACCGGAUUUGGCGCUUUGAGUUGGGUUCUGCUCGAAGUGACGACGCCCAGUAAGGAAAAGUUGGAGGAGAUUAAGCGGCAGCAGGGAGUUGCGUUGAGUGAGAGUAAGAGCCAGAAGGCGUUGUUUUUGAAGACCCUGAAGGAGGCCAGCGAAGGCAAGGAUCCGUUGAAGAAGAAGACCGAAUAG